AUGUACGCCUCUCUCGUCCGUCGUCAACUCGGCGGCCUUGUGCCCCCAAAAAUCGCCUCUCCGUCUAUCCUUUCUGCUGGCCAGGGUGCCGACCUCACCCCUCUCGUCAACUUCUACUCGAAGCUUCCCAAAGGCCCAGCCGCUGCACCUUCUGCCCGUGGUAUUAAAGCCCGCUACUUCGAUGGAAAGAACGCGUCGGCCGCUCCUAUCGUUGUCACGAUCGCCGCAAUUUUCGGCCUGGGCUACACCAUUGACUACCAGAUGCACUUGAAGCAUCACAAGAAUCAUCCCCACUAG